GCUACGAAGCCGGAAGUGAGGGGUUUGUGCGGCAGCGGUGCCUGGUUCAAGGCGGGGGAGUGAAGUUUCCUUCGUCAGUGAAGGCGGGUGGGGGGGAUGUCGGCCGGUGUUUUCAUGGGGAGAUCGUGCGCUAACGUUGUGGCGCUCACCCUGCUGCUGACGUGUCGCUGUAUCCUUUGCCAAGCGCCCCCGCUGGAUGAGAAGGCGGCCGAGGCCGGGCCGCCUGCUCAGCCGCAGCCGGUCCCCGUGGUGGGUGCUGACGGCGGCAGGUCUCCAGGUGAUGGAGGUAAAGCAUCGGAGGGAGAGCCAGACAGGUUGUCAAAUAAUACUGUGGACCAAAAUGGUACAUUGCAAGCCAUCUCCAUCCCCAUCAGCACAGUUGCUACUCUAAUACCAGUUCCAGAAACUCCACCAAAACUGAUAUUACCACUGCAGACUGGGGCUGAAGCACAACAAGAAGAACAAUCAAGUGGAAUGACUAUUUUCUUCAGUCUGCUUAUAUUAGCUAUCUGCAUCAUAUUGGUGCGCCUGUUAAUCAAAUAUAAACUGCAUUUUCUUCCAGAAAGUGUUGCAGUUGUGUCUUUAGGAAUUUUAAUGGGUGCUGUGAUUAAAAUUAUAGAAUCGCAACAUUGGGCUAACUGGAAGGAGGAAGAAAUGUUUCGACCAAACAUGUUCUUUCUUUUGUUACUUCCACCCAUUAUAUUUGAAUCUGGGUACUCAUUACAUAAGGGAAAUUUCUUCCAGAAUAUUGGAUCCAUUACUCUCUUUGCUGUAUUUGGCACUGCAAUUUCAGCUUUCAUUGUAGGUGGUGGAGUGUACUUCCUUGGUAAGGCUGAGGUUAUCUAUAAACUCACAGUGACAGACAGUUUUGCAUUUGGCUCUCUAAUCUCUGCUGUUGACCCAGUGGCAACAAUUGCCAUUUUUAAUGCUCUGAAUGUGGAUCCUGUUCUGAACAUGUUGGUAUUUGGAGAGAGCAUUCUUAACGAUGCAGUUUCUAUAGUCCUCACCAACACAGCUGAAGGCUUAGCCAGAGAGAAUGCAACUGAUGUGAGUGGAUGGCAAACAUUCCUACAGGCACUGGGCUACUUCCUCAAGAUGUUUUUUGGAUCUGCAGCACUUGGAACACUCACCGGUCUCAUUUCUGCUUUGCUGCUAAAGCACAUUGACCUCAGAAAGACACCAUCACUUGAAUUUGGAAUGAUGAUAAUCUUCGCCUAUCUUCCUUAUGGCCUUGCAGAAGGCAUAAAGCUAUCUGGAAUCAUGGCUAUUCUGUUUUCUGGCAUAGUGAUGUCACAUUAUGCUCACCAUAAUCUUUCCCCAGUUACUCAAAUCCUUAUGCAGCAGACGUUACGAACGGUUGCUUUUAUGUGUGAAACUUGUGUGUUUGCUUAUAUUGGGCUGGCAAUAUUCAGCUUUCCUCAUAAGUUUGAGAUCUCCUUUGUUAUCUGGUGCAUUGUUCUUGUCUUAUUUGGCAGAGCAGUGAAUAUAUUUCCCCUCUCCUACCUUCUGAACUUCUUUCGAGAUCAUAAAAUUACUCCUAAAAUGAUGUUUGUUAUGUGGUUUAGUGGUCUCCGUGGUGCCAUUCCUUACGCUUUGAGUCUACAUUUGGAGAUGGAGCCGAUAGCGAAGCGCCAGCUUAUUGGAACAACCACCAUAAUCAUUGUGCUUUUCACGAUUCUGGUUUUGGGUGGGGGUACAAUGCCUCUGAUCAGACUGAUGGACAUUGAGGAUCCCAAAACCCGUCGAAGAAAUAAGAAAGAUAUUACACUCAGCAAAACUGAGAAAAUGGGCAACACUGUUGAAUCUGAGCACUUAUCAGAACUAACAGAGGAGGAGUAUGAAGCACAGUACAUCAAACGGCAAGAUCUUAAAGGCUUCAUGUGGUUGGAUGCUAAAUAUUUAAACCCUUUCUUUACACGAAGACUUACUCCUGAGGACCUACAUCAUGGGAGAAUACAGAUGAAAACAUUAACCAACAAAUGGUAUGAAGAAGUGCGUCAGGGACCGUCAGGUUCUGAAGAUGAUGAGCAAGAUCUGCUUUAGCAUUUGGAUUACUGCAGAUGUUGCAUCACAGCAUUAAGUUUAAUGAAGAUUCAGUUCAAGGACGAGCACCAGUUAGACUCAAUUCCACAGCAAUGCAUUCUGAGGUUCUUAAGGUGCACCUUGUGCACUUGUGGGAUGUUCCAGUAUUUAAAAAGAAAAUAAGAUAUGGGUGUGCUUGUUUCUUGAAAAUAUUUUGCAUGUUCAGAUUAUUAUGAAGGUGGACAAUUGACCCUAACCGAAGGAGUAUCUAUCUUUUUUAAAUUGGAUAUAACUGAAUGUAUCACACUAGUUAAUGCACUUUACUUUCUUGUAAAUAAGAUCACAGUUUUAUAUUCUAUCCACUUUUUUCUGAUGAUUAUAGAGAUUUACACUCGCCAUAGAUCUAUUGUGUAACUACUGGAAAGGAAUUCCCUCUCUCUGAAUGUGAGAUAUCCUGGUGGUUUACCUUGUAAUUUAUUUGAAGACUUUACCUGCAUCGGUUAUUUGACAUGAAUUAGAGUUCUAAGUAAACUUGAAUUCUCAUUGGGUCCAAAGUUAUUCUAGAUUUUGCUAGUUUAUUGAAUCAUCAGAUUCUCUACAGAACAUCGUUUCAUAUAAAACCUGGCACAGAUUGGAAGAGCCAAACAAUGUUCUAAUUUCAUAUAAAUUUCAGUUUGAAAUUGGAGCUAAUUUUAAAGUCAUGGGUGUGUGAUAAUUUCUGUACUUGGUCAAUUUCUCAAAUGUUAUGAAGUGGAGAGAGAAAUGCAUUUAAAACAAAUUGCUUUUAGAAAGUGAAUUCUUAUUAAGCAAAAGUAGUUUUUAAACAUGGCAUUGCAGAUUUAAGUUCACAAUUUGGUUAUACACAUUCUAGCCUGCAAAUUUACCUGACCAAAUAUCCAUUAAACUAUUUUACCUCCAUCUGUUUUAAUUUGAGAACAAUCCAACCUUUGUGCCUUUUUAAAGGAACAUAGCAACACCUUAGCAAAAUGAUAUACCACGUAGUGCAUGUUUAACAAUCCUGUAUUUAUAUAAUGGUAUAUUGGUUGACUCAGCCUGAAUAAUCCCAUGGGAAACCUGUUUUCAAAUGUUUGCUACUCCAACUGUGUGUCUAUUGCAGUCUAAAAUAUUACAUUAAGGAUAUGACAAUGCUUUUUGAUAAAUAAAGUAAGUGAAAAAGGCACACCUUUUUGUUAUGGAUUCUAACCUGGAGCAUUAUAUUUAUGAGCAGUUCUAAUUUCUGAUCUCAAGUUUCCAUGCAAGUGAAUUUACUAGGAUCUGCCUUUUUAAAGUACACCUUAACUGGUCAGUACAUAUUAGAAACUAAAACUGGCAUCAUGCUCAAGAAAAAGAAUGACCUGUAACCAUUGCCACAGGGAACCAUACAUAUAUCCAUAAGUAUGAAAAUUGCCUGAUUAAUAUGGAAUAAAAAUCUGGUAGUCUUCAAAUGUUCACAGUAUUGGACUAAAAUUUUCAAAAAUCUUCAAGCCUUUUUUCUACCAAGUUCUAGGAUCAUGGUCCAUUUAAAAGAAAAUUCAAUAUUCUCCAAUUGUUUAUUAAAUCAUUCCCUGAAAGAGCUCAGAUUCUUCAACAUAAAAAUGUUAAUCAGAUAUUGUGAUAUAUAUCACCCUUUUGUUUUUAAAAUAUGGGUUAAUUGGUUUCUAAUACAGGAUCUUGUACAAUAAAAUUUUAACUUCCUGGUAAAGCAAACUCAGUUCAUUUUUGCAUCCGUGCAAAAACUGGAAAAUCUGCCAGUUCCUCACACUAGAUCUUUCCAAAACUGUACAUCUUGUAAUAUUCUUGAUUCAAUGAGAAAUACAACUUCUCUUUCUCUACUUUCCUAGUGUUUUAUUGAGUAUUUCUAGCUAUAGCACCAGUUGCUGGGCAACUUUAUCAGAUUUUGUAUUGCAUAUUGAUUCAAUGAUACCUGUUCAAGUCCUGUUAAACAGUCACCCCUUGACUUGCUCUUUCACAGAAAUAUUGAACUUGUUACAUCCUUUAGUCUUUUACUUUCUUUAAAACAUGAAGCAUCUUUUAAUAACUGACUUUGAUAUGGGUUUACAAUUUUUAAACACUGUCACAUGGGCAGAUAAUUAUUCAAGAAGGUAAUUAUGCAAGGAAAAUAGGGAGGGGAUGGCUUAUGAGAAUUAGAUAAAAUUUUCAGCUUUUUAGUCUGUUUCUGCACAAAUUGAACUCAAAUAUCUGACGAAGUUUACUUGUGAAAUUGCCAUAUUGAAUAACAAUUUAUUCCCAUAAUUGGGACAGAAUAAUUGUCUGAUGUGAAUAAAUUUGUUUUUUAUAUGCUGGUUGCAUUUCUAAUUUUCAAA